ACCCCUUUAGCUACAAGUCAACGCCAAUUUAUUUUAAAUGCUAUCAAAUCUGGCCAGCGCCUUGAUAGUCGAAAUUUAUAUGAUUACAGGCCGAUCAAGUUACAAUUUGGUGUCGAAUAUGGAACUGCUGAAGUUAAGCUCGGUGCUAGUCGAGUUUUGGCUGUCACUACUUGCGAAUUAAUUCGACCUAUUACACGCCCUGAAGAAGGAAGAUUACUCUUUAAUGUUGAAUUAUCACCGAUGGCAUCGCCUCUUAAUCAUUCUAACGAUGUUAUCGAUCGUAGAAUUGCAUUAGAACGUCGUUUAGAGCAAUGUUUUGUCGAAUCUGCAGCCAUCGAUCUCGAAUCGUUAUGCGUUAUAGCCGGUGAAAAGGUAUGGUUUAUCCGUGUCGCGAUACAUGUGUUAGAUGAUGUUGGCAAUAUCUUAGAUUGCGCUAGCAUUGCUGCAAUAGCUUCUCUAGCACAUUUUCGAAGGCCUCAAGUUACUGUUGUAGGAGAAGAUGUAACCAUUCAUAACCGCAAUGAAAAAGAUUAUAUCCCUUUGAACAUACAUCAUAUGCCUUUAUGCAUCACUUUUGCAUUUUUCCACGGUAAUGGUUGCAUGGCAAUCGAUCCAACUGAUCAAGAAGAAGCGGUCAUGGAGAGUAAAUUAGUCAUGGCAUUAAAUCGACAUCGUGAAAUUUGUACAAUCCAAUUUACUGGCGGUGUCACUUUAAAAGUAGACCAGGUUCUACAUUGUUGUAAUAUUGCUUUAACGAAAGCCAAUGAAAUUAUAAAGCUAGUCCAGCGCAUGUUAAACGAU